ACAAUCUUCGAUGUCAACUCCAUGGCCCUAGCAACGCACCCACGCUACUGGGGCACCGAGUCCCUCCUCGCACCUCCAAAAGUGACAUUCCUCCCCUGGGCCGACGGCCCACGCGUGUGCCCAGGGAAGAAGUUCACGCAAGUCGAGUUGUGGGCCUGAUGUGUGCGCUGUUUCGGGAUCAUCGGGUAGAGCCGGUGCCAGAGGUCGGAGAGAGCAUGCAGAAGGCGCGGGAGCGGACGUUAGGGGUCGCAAGAGACCAAGAAAUGUAUUUGCUUAUGCAGAUGCGGAGGCCGGGAGACGCGAAGCUGAGGUGGGUGAGGCGGUGAUCAGAGAUGCUGAUGACUACAGUAGGCUUCGUAAUUCUGUAUCUUUAUCCCUCUGCAAGGACUUCAGGUUGCUGCUCUGGCAAGGUCCGCUUGAUUUAUUGGGAUUCGAGGUGAUAGCUGUUGAAAGUUUUCCAGUAUAGUGUAGGACCUU